UGCUGUUACCAGUGUUUGGUGCAGCUUCACCACUCUGUUUAUUUUCCUCUCUGCAGAGCGAGUCGGAGAUGGUGGACCAUCUUGUAAACACCGAGAUCAACAGCCAGCGCAUCGCUGCCGUGGAAAACUGCUUCGGAGCAUCUGGGCAGCCUUUAGCUGUGCCAGGAAGGGUCCUUUUAGGGGAAGGAAUUUUAACCAAAGAAUGCCGCAAGAAACCCAAGCCUCGGAUAUUCUUCCUUUUCAACGACAUUCUCGUGUACGGGAGCAUAGUGAUCAACAAAAGGAAGUACAAUUCCCAGCACAUCAUUCCCCUUGAAGAUGUCACUUUGGAGACGCUGCCGGACACCUUGCAGAUGAAGAACCGCUGGAUGAUUAAAACCUCAAAGAAGUCCUUUGUGGUUUCUGCAGCCUCCCUCACAGAGAGGAAGGAGUGGAUCAGCCACUUGGAGGAGUGCAUCAGGCAUCUGCUGACAAAGACGGGCCGGCAGCCCUCCACCGAGCACGCUGCCCCGUGGAUCCCGGACAAGGCAACCGAUAUCUGCAUGCGCUGCACCCAGACCAAGUUCUCCACGCUCACCCGAAGGCACCACUGCCGCAAGUGUGGCUUUGUCGUGUGCGGAGACUGCUCUAGGCAGAGGUUUCUGAUGCCACGGCUGUCCCCCAAGCCGCUGAGGGUCUGCAACCUGUGCCACAGGCAGCUGCUGGCAGAAAAGAAGAAGGAGGCGGAGGCCGGUCUCAGGCAGCCGGAGCAGUUCCACGCUGCCGUGCCAGGUUUGGAACCUUCUAGUGGUGACGACAGUGACAAAUCUGAUGAUGACAAAGUAGACCAGUGGCCAGCAGAAACAGAGUUUUAUACCUCAGAAGUAUCUUGGUCGUCUUUCCAUAGCUGACCUUCUUGGGAGCAAGGGGCAUUU